UGAAAAUAAAUAAUUGUUUCCCAUGAAUAAAAAUGAAAUUAAAAAAAAUUGUUAUAAUGGUAAAAAUGAAAAUAAAUAAUUGUUUCCCAUGAAUAAAACUGAAGAAAAAAAAAAUGGUUAUAAUGGCAAAAAUGAAAAUAAAUAAUCGUUUCCCAUGAAUACAAAUGAAAAAAUAAAUAAAAUGGUUAUAAUGGUAAAAAUGAAAAUAAAUAAUCGUUUCCCAUGAAUAAAACUGAAAAAAAAUGGUUAUAAUGGUAAAAAUGAAAAUAAAUAAUCGUUUCCCAUGAAUAAAACUGAAAAAAAAUAAAAUAAUAAUCUAUGUCAGGCCACAAUUUAGCACGAGGCGGCGUUGUAUAGCCAUGUAUACGUCAUAAAAAAAAAACUAAUUGAAAAUGGACUGAUUUGUUUAAAAAUAAUUAUGGAAAUACAACUUUAUUAUAAUGAUUAAUUCUAUGUGUAUGCAUUAAUUAAUAAAUACAACUAUUUUACAAAUGCUUUAAUAAAAACAAACAAAUAAAAUAAAAUAAAAUAGGUUGAUUGGCAACACUAAAAUUGGCCCUAGUGUGUGAACGUGAGUGUGAUGAGAUGGCGACUUGUCCAGGGUGUACCCUGCCUUCCACCCGAAUGCAGCUGAGAUAGGCUCCAGCACCCCCCGCGACCCCAAAAGGGACAAGCGGUAGAAAAAUGGAUGGAUGUAUAAUGUUUUUUUCUGCAAGUGGCCUGCAUUGUCAUUAAAAAUGGAACACUUUCCAAAAUUAAUCGACUAAUACCGUUGUGUUCGAGACAUAAGUACCAAGAUAGGCAUGAAGGGACUUUUUAAUAUAUAUCUAACUAUGUCCUCAGAGACGAAGGUGAGAAAUGAUGGUAAAGUUAGAAAGGUAUUUUAUUUGUGAAACAUUAUACUGGAUUUCCGCAAACCGGAUAUAGUGUUUUUGCUUCCUGCUUCAAGACCUCCCUUUUUGUGGAAAAACAUGAAAGUAGCAACAAGGACUAAAACCGCUGAAAAGACCAAUUGUUCGGUAAAAACACAAACCCAUCCCAAGUCUGGCGGUUGACGGCCGAUAUUUUGAUGUUUUGUUGAAUUAUGUUAAGUUUUUCAUGUUUGGUUUAGCAUUGAGUUGAGUAGCGGGAAGGAAGAAGAUCUGAGGAACAUGUUUCCACUGAAGGCGUGUUGAAGAAGCUGCAAGGAAGUAAAGGCACUGAGGGGAGCUUGGAUUCCUUUUUAAUCAGGUAGUCCGUGCAAAGGGUCGAUGAGGACCGCAGCAGAAGAAUCACCGAACAGCAGCGCAGGAGGCGGCAAUAGUACCGUCCUGCAACGUCUCCUGCAGGAGCAGAUGAAUCGGAGUUUUGUGAUGCAGCAACAGCAGGGAGGAGCAGGACCUGGAUGUGGAGGGCACGGGCAGGGUGGUCCAUCCGAAGACCAUUCCAUGACCCCCCACAUUGCCCGGCAGGAGCCCCAGGGACAAGAGCUACAGACAGACAGCUUGGAGAAGUUGGGAUCCAGAGUAGUAGGAGGUUGUGGAAGCAACGGAGGGGGAGUUGGUUCAAUAACUGGUGCAGGUGGAAGCAGUGGAUGUGGUUCAACUACCCAGGGUCUGUGCCUAAAUUUGGAGGAACUGCCUACUUACGAGGAAGCAAAGGUUCAGUCACAAUAUUUCCGUGGUCAUGGCCCACCUCCUCAGCUUCAGCAACAGAGCAACCAGUCCCAGCAGGCCUCACUCCCAACCUCAGGGGGAGCUGCUUUCUAUGUCACUGGGGUAACGGAUGCCAAAAUGCGCACAGAAGGUCGGCCCACCGUGCAGCGUGUUAACGGGGCAGUAAAGGUUCUCCAAGAUGAUGGACUGAAGGACCUAAAACAAGGUCACGUUCGAUCUCUAAGCGAACGACUAAUGCAGCUGUCCUUGGCCACGAGUGGUGUUAAGUCACAUGCUCCUGUCAUCAGCUCUUCACUGUCCCCCCAGCUGUCACCUGCAGGGCAGCCAGGUGAUUACUACAAGCCCCAGCAUCGGGGCCCACCUCCAGACUACCCCUUUAAAGGAAUGAACUUACCGACUAUGCAGCAAGAGACUGGAGGUCCUUUUUAUCAGGAACAGUCCAGGGAAGUGCCCCAUGUCCGAUAUCAGCCCCCACCAGAGUAUGGCUCAUUUAGAUCCAGUAAGGAUGGUUCAGGCACGUUCCAGAAAUCCCUUCACCAGCACAGCCCCACCUCUUCUGUCACUUCUGUUGGCUCUUUGUCCCGCGCCCAGUCUUCUACUUUCUGUAGCGUUCCCAGUGUUUCUCACUCCUCUCACCCUUCUUUCCUGCACCAACAACCACACAGUCAGGGUCAGACCUUGCCCAGAAUGGGGCUUCGCAAUCUACAGGGUUUUGUUUCCCAUCAGGUAGGGGAGCCUUUUCCCCCCCUGUCUAUGAACCCAACACCACAAAGAUGUCAUGGUUUCCCCAACAGCCCCUACAGCUCCACACCACGGAGUUACAACAAACAGCAACAAAAUCAUCCAUAUCAACUGCAGCAUUUCCAAGGGCCGCUCCCUCCCCAGGGUCAGCCCUUUGUUCCCCCUGGACAUUUUCCCCAUCUACAUUCUUACUCAAACCUACAGGGAGAGUCCUUUGCGAUGAUAACACAAGCUCAACAGAGGGUGGAUGUGCUCACCGAAGAGAACAGAACUCUGAGGCAGGAAAUGGAGGCCUGUCGUGAGAAAGUCAUCAAGCUGCACAAGUUGGAAACAGAAAUACAGCUGGUGUCAGAGGCUUACGAAACCCUCGCUAAGUCUUCCUCCAAGAGGGAGGCCCUGGAGAAAACAAUGAGGAACAAGCUAGAAUUGGAGGUCCGGCGGCUGCACGACUUUAACAGGGACCUCCGAGAGCGCAUGGAGACAGCCAAUAAGCAGAUGACUGCUAAAGAGUGUGAUGACUCCGAAGAAAACCUGAAGACCAUAUCCCAGCUGCUUGCACAAAACAAAGAGACGAUAUGUGAGAAGGAAAAAGUAGAAAUGGAACUGAAUGCACUGCGCUCCAUCACAGAGGACCAAAGGAGGCACAUUGAAAUCAGGGACCAGGCUCUUAACAACGCCCAAGCUAAAGUGGUCAAGUUAGAGGAGGAGCUGAAGAAGAAGCAAGUCUAUGUGGAGAAGGUGGAGAGAAUGCAGCAGGCUCUUGCUCAGCUGCAGGCAGCCUGUGAGAAGAGAGAACAACUUGAACAUCGACUACGUACAAGACUCGAGCGAGAGCUGGAAUCACUACGCAUGCAGCAGCGCCAAGGAGGCACUCAAAACAAUGGUGUGGUCCCGUCAGAGUACAGUGCCACUGCACUAAUGGAGCGCUUAAGGGAGAAGGAAGAGCGCAUUUUGGCUCUGGAGGCUGACAUGACCAAGUGGGAGCAAAAGUACUUGGAGGAGAGCGUCAUGAGGCAGUUCGCCCUGGAGGCGGCGGCUUCUGUCGCUACUCAAAGGGAUACAUCCGUAGCAAUGUUGAGCCAUUCUCCCAGCAGCAGCUACGACACGUCAGUGGAGGCUCGCAUUCAAAAAGAAGAAGAAGAGAUUCUAAUGGCGAAUCGGCGCUGUUUGGACAUGGAAAGCAGGAUAAAGAACCUCCAUGCCCAGAUAAUAGAGAAGGAUGCUAUGAUCAAGGUGCUGCACCAACGAUCCAAGAAAGAACCAAUCAAGUUGGAUGUGCCUCCAACAAUGAGGCCCUCUAAGUCUCUGAUGUCCAUUUCUAAUACUGGAUCUGGUAGCUCAGGACUGCUCUAUCAUAGCCUUGGACUUAGUAGCUCACCCAUCACUGAAGAACGCAAAGAUAGCAACUGGAAAGGCAGCUUGGGGGUUCUGCUGAGUCCUGAAUUUCGCACAGACUCUCACAGAACCGAGUCGAUAUCAUCAUCUCCUUCCCCGGUGUUUUCUUCCACGCAAAUGGCAGCAGUCCACUCAAAGACAGGCAGCAGAGAUAGCUGCACGCAGACCGACAAGAAUCCCAGCCAGGACACCAGCAAGCCCGGCACCCCAGCCCUUCAGAGCAUGACGCUACCAAGCAGAUUGUCCAGCCCGAGCCCCAACUACAUUCCUGACCGUGGACUUGACGGUCCAGUAUUUCACUGCAGCACUCUGGAGCGAAGGGUCCCUGCCCCGUCCCACUCACAGCAACACCUCCCUGCCACGCCCCCCCAACAGGAAGUGGACAAAGAAAUGAUGGAAAUUCUCAUCUAAACCAAUGAAUUUUAUCCAAAUGAAUGAAUAUGUGGCAGCUUGAUAUGAACACAAUAUAUACGGUAAAGUUCAUGCAUAUGCUGUCAGUUUGCACACGUUCCCUUCAUUCUUCAGUUUGUUAUUGUUGAUAAGAGAAUGCGUUUAAACGCAGCGUUGUGUCAAUCAAAAACAUAAAAAAACAACAACUAAGAAAACAUUUGAACUUAAAUGUCCUCUUAUUAGCAAGCACUGAGCUACAAUCUUCUUUUCUCGCAAAGAUUGAAUGACUGCAAUCAAACAAGCUCUUCUUUAAUAAGCGUCUUAAAUCAUUAUCUGGUUAAACCAUGAAUAAUAAUUUAUGUUUACAUUUACGUGAUGUUAUAUAGUAUUUACAUAUUCAGUGUUACAACCCAGUGUAACAGUGUUACAACAGUGUUAUAAAUGUAACAAAAGUUGAGAAUACAAUUGCUCCUUUUUGAAAGGAUUAAUUUUGAAUUUCCAUCCAUAGUAUAUUUUGUGGGUGGUAGAAAAUGCUUUCUUUGCUCUUUUAACACACAACCAAUGUACGCAUCACGCAUGCUGUGAACACAUCGACCCACCGCAAGGUAAUGUUUUUUCCUUGUGUUAUUGUACAUCACAUAUACGGAGUAACACCAAAAUGUAUAAAACAUUUGUUUUAAUGUUGGCCCAACAUAAUAUACAGUAUGUAACAAUCAAUACAACAUCAACUCUACAUAGACAAGAACGCUUGAUCAUGUUUAUGCUGUUUUAACAGAAAAUGUUCCAAAAAAAUGUUUUAUUUAAUGAACUUUGAUCCCUUGUCACCAACCAGAAGAAAUUUUGACCCCCACAAACUGUUUGUGUCCAUGAAGCAAACAAAGUAGUCAUGUUCCUUUAAGAAAGUACUCCAAAAACAUGCCUAUGAAGUCAAUUAGAGCUAUAACUCUUAUAAAUGGUAAUCCUUUGCUAAAACUAUACUUUAAUGUUGCACUUGACCAUCCUACAUGUUAAACUGCAUGAAAGUACAUGUAACAACUACUGUAUACAGGGCAUAGAAUACUUGUAUAAUGAAUAUGUACAGAGACUUAAUAUUUUGUAUGCAUUCAUAUUCAGUCUAUGAAGAAAUGUUGAAGUAAACGAUCAAUCUUG